AUGGCAACUGAGGCAAAAGGACUGGGAGGGAAGUUCAAAGGCAUGUUUGGGAAAAAGAAAGCGAGACCAAUGUUUAAGACUAAAAGCUGGAUGUUAGGAAGGAUAGCUGCUGCAACUAACUGGCUGACUGGGAGAUCCCUGACCUCUAAAGGGCAAGGCCGACUGAGGGGACGAGCAGGAGGACGGGGACAAAAGCGCCUGUCAUUUGCUAAGAGGGACACUAGAGGGAGACAGGCACAUUAUUACAAUGAUGCCUAUGAGUAUGAUGAUGAUGAUGAUGAUGAUGAGUAUGGAUAUGAGGAAGAUUACCACGACAGGUGGAGACCUAGAGGUUUUCUGAGACGACCCAUGACCUAUGACCCUUAUGGAGAGGAAAAUGAUUACUAUGAUGAUGAGGAGGAGUGGGAAGAUGAAUAUGGUUACUAUGAUGAUGAAGGCAACUUUUAUUGUGAUGAUGAGUUUUACUGUGAUGAUGAUUACUACAGUUACCCUUAUGGCUAUUAUGAUGAUGAGUAUGAAGAUUACUAUGAUGAUGAAGGGAUGGAUUAUUUUUAUGGUGAAGAUGGAGUGCUAUAUGCAAUGGAGCCAUACAGUUACUAUGGUGAUGCUGUGGAUGGUUACUAUGACCCAUAUGACCCCGAGCUGUAUGGAGAUUACUUUGACCACAAUUUAGGUUAUAAUAACUAUGGCAUUUCAGAUCCAUAUGGCAUGAUGAGUGGUGGUUAUGAUGUUGCUUCAGGCUUCCAUAAUGAACCAAUACUGGAAUAUACAGACCCUGUUGCUAUUACUAAUCCCUAUCAGGAACCUUUCUAUAUGGAUGCUGGGCUGGCUCCAGUUGAGACAGGACAGCUAUAUGGACAGGAGCAGCUGUUUAACCCUCUGCCUGGGCCAUUUUCAGCAGAGCAGUUCAGGGUCCCCAGGCCCCAGGUUAGGAUAUAUGGAAAAGAUAGACUAGAGGUGGAAACCCUGGCACCUCUUCCCUUUAAUUCUCAUCCCUCAUCCCCAGCGAUUCCCCCUUCCUUCACAGCUCCUGCCCUCAGCAAUCUGCAAAUGAUGCCCUCUACUAGGAUGAGAGGAGGUGCAGGAGGUCAAAGUCACGUGCCCAUGAGGGCUGUGAAACCGUCCCCUGCUAACUUACAGAGACGCAGUAGGCAUGGACCACCUGUCACUCAGCCGCCAGGACAGGCUCUCAGACCACGGGUCCGUAUACCCAGACACCAGCCCUCUCCUCAAUCUAGGCAUUCAUUCAGAGCACCUCCUCCAGUGCCUCCAGCUUCUCCCCAGGCUUCUCUGAAACAGAGUGCCCCUAUUUCUCCCCAGCCAUCAGUGCAUAGGUUGCAGAGUAGACCUCUGUCUCCACAACCACUGCAGCGACCAUCUCCUCUGCCCUCCCGUUCUGCCUCUCCCAUGCACCAUCUAUCUCAUCCCCCUGCCCCCUUGUCCCACAGGGCUGUUAGUCCUCACACUCUAGAGCCAACAUCAUUUCAACCUCCAGGACCUCAUGCUGAUCUUCGUACUCAAAGCCUCAUCCAGUAUGACCACACAGUCAUGGAACCAGGCCCAUCCCCCGUGCUUACCAAUGUUUUACCAAACAUACCUCAAGCUGUAGGUGCCCCUUUUUCUCCCUCUCCCCUUCCUUCCUCUAUCCCUUACUCCCCCACUGCUUACUCUUCUCCCUUACAGAGACCAGCCUCCCCCCAAACACAGCAUGAAGUCUACAUGCAAAACGUCCCUCAAGCCACACCCUCCUUACCUUAUCUAGGACACACACUCCAGAACCUGCCGAAUGCCAGCAACACAUCACCCUUACAAAGAAGCACUUCCCCCAUACCUGGUGGACAGGGGGAGAUAUCAGCAGAAGUACAGGUGAGCCCAUAUGCCACUCUUAAUCUGUCUAAUGCACUGAUGCAGAACUCCCACCUGCGCAGUGCCUCCUACUCAUCUCCUCUACAACGCAAUGCCAACCUCUACACAACUGUCUUCUCACCCCCUCAAGCUGAAGCCCCUCCUGCCCCCUCUAUACCUUCCUACCCACAUUUGUCUUGCACUAUGCCUUCCUCUCAUUUACAUAAUGCUUCCUUUGCCUCACCCCUUCAGCAACACCUUUCCCCUAUGUCUCUUGCCUCUCCUGUUCCUCCUCCCUCCACACCUCAACAAGGAACUAUCAGAGGUACCUCCCCACUUUUCUCUGGUGGACUCAGGACCUCCCAAAUCCAGGGGUCCAUGUUUAGGCUUCCAGGUGGCACAAUGACAGUGCCUCGGGGUCUCAUUGAGGCUCCAGGUACCACUGAUUGUGGAGGUGGUCUUAGUACAAGUGGGCGCUUGCCACCCUUGAUGCUCUCCAAUGCCCUGCAGAACCCAAACCUGCGUCAAGCCACUUAUCAUCUACCCAGUGACUCAUUGGUCACCAGAAGUGAAUGUUCUGAACCUUCCCUAGGUCAAUCAUCAUAUUCUUUGCCUGAUGGCACUCUUGUAAGCAGUACAGAGCCCAGACCUGCACCCUCCUCUUCUACACCUAUGCUUUCCUCUGCUCUUUUGAACCCCAGUGUACGUAAAGCCACAUACAGGUUGCCAGAUGGAACUUUGGUUACAAGAAAUGAGCUAGCACCCGAGCCUAUCACUGUUUCCUCUCCUAUGCUCUCCUCUGCUCUUCUCAGUAACAAUGUUCGUAAGGCGUCUUAUCGAUUACCAGAUGGUUCUAUUUUAACACAUUCAGGAAAGGAGACCCAGAAUGCUGAGAAUGCAGUAUCAUCACCUGGGCUAUCCAGCGCCCUGAUGAAUGCUAACCUGCGUAAGGCAAAGUUCCAGCUUCCACAAGGAUCACCGCUGUUUUCACUGAACCAACCUCAAGCUUCCCCCUCUGCCUCAUCUGGUCCACUCCUUUCUGGUGCCUUGCUAAACACUAACCUCCGAGGUGCCUCCUACAGACUCCCCAGCACAUCACUUCUGAAACAGCCUGGUUCUGCUGAUACCUCUGAGCCACGUUCUGUUGACCUUUCAAAUGCUCUCCGCAACCAGAACCUCAGAUCUGCCACCUACCGUUUGCCAGAUGGUACUCUGAUGACACGCCCUCAGCCCACUUCUGCACCCAGAACAUUUGACCUGUCCAGUGCUUUAUCAAAAAACCCAAACCUUCGUCAAGCAAAGUAUUGUCUUCCUGAUGGUAAUGUCAUGACACAGCUUGGUGCCCCUAGGACCCCAGAACCUCGCUCACUUGACCUCUCUGGUGCCCUACAGAACCCUCAUCUCCGGGGGGCCAAUUUUCGCCUACUAUCCUCAUAUGCUGUAGCAUCACCCCAGGUACAGCUAGCUGGCCCUGAACAGCAUUGGGCACGGGGCCCUGGAGUGCAGAACCUCAAUAAGUGGUCCAUGUAUAGAGAUGGGGAGCUACUGGACCCCCACAGCCUGACGGGACAUGGACAUGAACAGGGGCAUAAACCAGGGAAGUGGAAUCUCAGCAGGGAGGGGGAACCACAGGGGCACUGGUUUGACAAGAUUUACUCAAUCAGAAGCCUGUCCGUGAUGGGUCACCGGGAGCAAAGAGAGGAAGAUGGAGUGGAAGAUAUGACACAGCUGGAGGACAUGCACGAAGAGACCGUUCUGAUGAACGUGAGGAAAAGGUUUCAGAGACAGCUCAUUUAUACUUACAUAGGUAGUAUUCUGGUGUCUGUGAACCCUUAUAAGAUGUACAACAUCUAUGGAACGGAUGUGGUGCUGCUGUACAAGGGUCAUGCUCUGGGAGAGAACCCGCCGCAUUUGUUUGCCAUAGCAAACGCUGCUUAUUCCAAAAUGAUGGAUGCCAAACACAACCAGGCCAUAAUAAUUAGGGCCACCAAACUCGUCCUUCGCUACCUAGCAGCAAUGCAUCACAAAUGCAGUCUUGUGCAACAGAUUGAGAUACUUGAGGCAGCUCCUCUGCUUGAAUCGUUUGGAAAUGCCAAAACUGUGCGGAAUGAUAAUUCCAGUCGCUUUGGGAAAUACAUAGAGGUGUAUCUGGAGGAUGGUGUGAUCAGUGGUGCCAUAACCUCUCAGUAUCUUCUGGAAAAGUCUCGUAUUGUCUUUCAGGCCAAAGAUGAAAGGAACUAUCACAUAUUUUAUGAGAUGCUGGCAGGACUCCCGUCGCAGCAGAAGCAGGCUUUCUAUCUCCAAGAGGCUGAGACCUACUAUUAUCUCAACCAGGGGGGGGACUGUGGAAUAAGAGGAAAUAGUGAUUCAGAUGACUGCCUGCGUCUGCUUUCUGCCAUGGAGAUCCUUCACUUUACCCCUGAAGACCAGUCAGCCAUUUUUAGAAUUCUUUCUUCCAUACUACACCUGGGCAAUGUCUACUUUCAAAGACACGAGAUGCUGUCUAACACGUCUCCCCUAGCAAAGUCACGAGAUGCUGUUGCCAAGAUCCUGUACUCGCUGCUCUUCAGCUGGUUAACAGAGAAGAUCAACGCUCAGGUGUACCCUCGCCAACACAGCCUCUCCAUCUCCAUCCUGGACAUUUAUGGAUUUGAGGAUCUUGCCUUCAACAGCUUUGAGCAGCUUUGCAUUAAUUAUGCAAACGAGUACCUCCAGUUCUUCUUCAACAAGAUCAUAUUCAGGGAAGAGCAGGAGGAGUACAGCAGGGAGCAGAUCCCCUGGCAGGACAUCCCAUUUAGUGACAACCAACCUUGCAUCAACCUCAUUGCCGCUAAGCCUCAUGGGAUACUGAGGAUUCUGGCUGAUCAGAGCUCUUUUCCCCAGGCAACAGACCACACUUUUCUCCAAAAGUGUCAUUAUCACCAUGGCAACAACCCGCUGUACCUGAAGCCAAAGAUGCCCCUCCCAGAGUUCACCAUCAAGCACUUUGCUGGCCAGGUCACCUACCAGGUUUACAAAUUUCUUGAUAAGAACUAUGACCAGGUCCGUCAGGAUGUUCUGGACCUGUUCAUACAGAGCAAGAACAUGAUGGUGUCAAAGCUCUUCCUGCUUCAUGCAGAGGUCAUGGGUCAGCAAAGAGGAGACCACAUGAGGAAGAGCAGUACCAGGAAAUAUCAAGCUCCCACUGUCAGCAUCAAGUUCCAGCAGUCCCUGCUGGAGCUGGUGGAGAAGAUGGAGAGGUGCAACCCUUUUUUUGUUCGAUGCAUUAAACCAAAUAAUAUGAAGAAACCAGGUGUGUUUGAAGAUGAGCUGGUGAGCAGCCAGCUGCGACACUCGGGUGUCCUGGAGACCAUUAGGAUCCGUAGAGAGGGGUACCCCAUCAGAAUGCCAUUCCACGUCUUCCUCUUCAGGUAUAAGUCUCUAGUGGGGAUACAGGAUCUCCCAGCUGCCAACGGAGAGAACUGUGUGAUGAUGCUCGGCAAACUGUCUCCCCUCAGACCAGGGGCCUACCAUGUCGGAGUCACAAAGUUGUUUCUAAAGGAGGACAUCUUCCAGUUGCUGGAGUUUAAGCGAGAUCGCUCCCGUCAUCUGGCUGCUCUCACCCUGCAGCGUUACACCCGCAUGUUCUUCGUGAGGAAACGUUACGUGGCAUUUCGCAAUAGGAUCAUCAGGCUGCAGGCGCAGUGCCGAGGCUUCCUCACCAGGAGGCGCUACAUGAAAAUGAGGGAGAAUCUGGUCCGGUUCCGCUCGCUCAUCCACAUGUAUGUCAACCGCAAGCAAUACGUCAAGGUACAAAUAAUGUGGCAGAUCAUUUGAGACUCACUUGUACAUUAAGAACAGUAACUCUUGCAGGAGCUGACCAAGAGGGAGGUGGUGAAUGUCACACACUUAGUGAUCCCUGCAGAGCUGGGUGCUUUGUUGCAGACAGCAGGACGUGAGGAGUUGCACUCAGACUGCUUGGCUCUGCUUCAGGCUCCUCAUAUCCAGGAAGAGGCCCAACUCACUCUGCCCCUGGACAUCAACAACUACCCAUUCUACCGCUAUGUACAGAUCUACUUCAGGGAACCAAAGUUUGGGAUGUUGAUGGCCCCUCUGGAGUCACCUCUGACCCGCAUAGACGAGGACCUGAGAGGGGAGGCUCUGGAGCUCUUCAUCAUGGUGUUACGAUUCAUGGGAGACCCUCACUUGAACGGGGCGCAGGAAAACAUGUUUGGGAAUUACAUCAUCCAAAGGGGUCUGAUGUCUCCUGCGUUAAGGGAUGAGAUCCUGGCUCAGGUUGUCAACCAGGUGUGGAGGAACCGGAACCCUGACAACGCUGAGAGAGGCUGGCUGCUGCUUCUGGCGUGUGUCUGCAGCUUUGCCCCAUCGCCUGAGAUGGACAAAUAUCUACUGAAGUUCGUGUCAGACCACACCCCUGCUGGUUGCCAGGCGUUGCUGCAACACAGGCUCAUACAAGCCAAUCAGAAGACAGAACUAGGCACAGGAUCCGCCCCCGAGGCUGCACGGACCUAUCCGCUGUCACUGCUGGAGUGGACGGCCAAUAGGAAGAAGGCUAACAUGGUGUUGCACGUGCACUGUUUUGAUGGAGGGUCUUUCCUGUGUCCAGUUCACUCCUGGACCAGCGGAGAGGAUUUAGCAGGGCACAUUCUGCGCCACAGGGGAGUGUCUGACUGGUGGAAGGGGAGUUCAGUUCUGAUGAAGGAGCACGGCCAGUGGGUGGAGUUAGCGGGUCACGACUAUGUGAUGGACCUGAUUGCAGACCUGGAGCUUCCACCUGAAUUCCCGAAGCAGAAGAGUUACUUUAUCAUCAGUGCUGAUGACCCAGCUAAAGUCAGAGCUAAUGCCAGCCUUGCUUUGUUUGGCAGUGGCUUCGACUCAGAUGAGGAGCUUGCUCCGUCCUUUCCUCUCAGCAGCAGCAGCAGCAGACCAGCCUACAGUCUGCCUGACUCAGAUGGUUACUACAGCCACGUAGAGUCGGACACGUUCAGCGACAGUCAGACACAGAGAGGAAUGGACCGCUACCUGGACAGUCUGUUUGACCCUGUGCUGUCAGACAGCAGCGUAGACAUGGAAAAGACUGGACGUGUGUCGGCAAGGAUAAAAGGAGGCGGAGGUAUAGGUAUGACAGGAGGAGGAAGAGGAGAGGGGGAGAGUCAGGCGGCCCCCAGCCGGCCUUAUCCACCAGGGAUACAUCCUGGAGGAUCGGAGCAGGCAAUGCUGACUCAACAGCAACAGACCAUUAUCAACCAGCAAGCUAUCAUUCUGGCCCAGCAGAUGACCAUGCAAGCCAUUGCAAUCCAGCAGCAGAUGCUGUCCUCCUUCCCCCCCAUUGCCCCGGCUCCCCAGUCUCCACCCUCACAGCAUCACACAUACUCGCAGCAAGGCUCUCACAGCCCAACUAAAGAGGGAGAGGAGUCACGGUACAAGCCUGCCUCUGCUGCUGUUCAACGCAAAAUGAGUCCCACACGCGGCCCUCCUCCUGAGAACACGGUCCAGUCCAGUGUGACUAACACCGAGCGCAUGGAUCCCAGCCACGACAUCAAGGACAUCAUCAAGCAGCACCAACCUGCCAGCACAAUAACUUCCACUGGCACACAAAGAAAAGGUGAUGUCAAAAUGUUUACGAAGAAGCCAAACCCUCAUGAUGAAGCUAUGGAGAUCCUUAAAGACCAGAUUGCCAACCCACCACAGCCGACUCAGAGGAAGCCACAGUCCUUCAAACAUCAAGAACAAGGAGGUAUUAAAACUACCAAGACGACUAAGUCUCAUGCUGCGGGGCCAGCUAGCUCCAACAUAAGCCCCGCCCCUCCUCCAGUCUCAAGAGAGCUGCCAAUCGAGGAGGAGAUUAUCCAGACUCAGCUCCAUAGCAGAACCAGCGAUGAAUAUUACACUUACUCCAACAUCCCCUGGAAGCUCUACAUGAGGAAAGAGGUUUUUUAUCCUAAAGAGACCUUUAACAGUCCACUGAUCCUGGACCUGCUCUUCAGGCAGGUUGUACAUGAUACCUUCUCUGAGGCCUGCAUCCGUAUCACCCAGGAGGAGAGGCACAUGAUGAAAGCUUAUUUUGUGGAGAAUAAGGUGGAUCAGGUUUCAGGAACUCGUGAUGAUAAUGUGAAGAAGAAAGUAGUCGUCAUGGCCAGAGACUCGUGGGAGAUCUACUUCUCCCGCCUCUUCCCAGCCUCCGGCAGUGUGGGGACCGGGGUGCAGGUGCUGUCUGUCUCUCACAAAGGCAUCAAGCUGCUAAAGAUGGUGAGGAGCAGCUCUACUGCUCCAGACUACUUCAGAGUGUUGAGGCCUUACAGCUUCUCGGACAUCUUGUUUGUGUCGAUUCCAUCGAAGAACAUGCUGGAGUUCAACCUGACCAAUGAGAAGCUGAUCCUGUUCUCUGCCAAGGCUUCACAGGUCAAACACAUGAUCGACUACUUCCUCACAGAGCUUAAGAAGGACUCAGAGUAUGUGGUGGCUGUGAGAAACUACAUCACAGAGGACAGGACUGCGCUCAGCUUCCACAAAGGAGACAUCAUCAGACUUCAGCAUAUGGAAGGGCUGGAGGCCGGCAAAUAUUACGGCUACAUAGUGAGGAAGAAGGUCAUGCUGCUGGAGGAGCUAAAGAGAGACACUCCUGAGUUUGGUUGGCGGUUUGGGGCGGUGCAUGGAAAGUCCGGAGUGUUUCCCAGGGAGUACAGCCAUCCUGUGGCUGCUCCAGACUUUUUGGUGCUCCCUGCUGGGCGUGCGGAGCCUCGAGAUAGACAAGGGCGAGUUGCCGCCUCCGCUACUGUUGCCGUAGCGAUGGGCUCAGCUGUAGCUGCCCAUGAGCUUGACCUCUCCACAGAGGUGAUAAAUGAGAUGUAUGAGGACAGUCUGAGCGGCGAAUUGGACGAUCUGCCUCUCCAGGGCAGUCAGUACCACCACAUGUCUGAGUUUGCCAAGAAAUACUUCAGAGAGGCACAAAAGAACUGCAGUGACCAGAAAACAAAAAAAGGGAAGGAGGGCAAGGAUCCUGUUGACAUGGUCAAAUUUUCCAAGUCUCCGAUUCAGGAGUCUCUGAUCAACUACUCUGACAGCGGGAUGAACAGAGUGGCUACUGACAUCUUCUUAGCUAUAAUGAAGUUCAUGGGAGACUACCCACUGAAAGGCCAAACUGAACAGGAGCUGGUCACCACUAUACUGAAGUUAAGUGGCGACCAUAGCCUGAUAAAGGAUGAAGCCUACUGCCAGGUGAUGAAGCAGGUCACUGCCAACACCAGCUCCAAACCGGACAGCUGUCAGAGAGGAUGGAGGCUGCUGUACAUCGUGACAGCUUUCCAUCGCUGCUCGGAUGUUUUGAAGCCAUGCCUGCUGGCGUUUUUGCAGGACGCCUGUGCCAGCCCCGGGGUGCAGUACCAAGGCAUUGCCAAGGCAUGUGAGCAGAAUCUGAGGAGGACUUUUCAAUAUGGCGGACGUGUACAGUAUCCCAACAGCAUGGAGCUCAAAGCUAUGCUGGCUGGUCGGAGCUCCAAGAGACAACUAUUCUUGCUGCCAGGUGGGAUCGAAAGGCACUUGAAAAUCAAGACGUGCUCUGUUGCUUUGGAUGUCAUCGAGGAGCUGUGCUUUGAGAUGGGGCUACACAGGGUGGAGGCGGUGGAUGAAUAUGCCAUCUUUUUGGUCACACACAAAGGUCAGAAUGUACGUCCCCUGAACAAGCGUGAGUACAUCCUGGACAUUGCUACAGAGGCAGAGGCGGUGGAUGCCAGCUACAGUCUGUGGUUCAGAAGAGUCAUAUGGAGUCUGGCUCUAAAACUUGAUAACGAACUCUAUGUUACCAUGCACUAUAACCAGGUGUUGCCGGACUACCUGAAGGCGCUGCUGAGUGUAGUUCCUCAGGGUAAGGCCAGUGAACAACAUCUGCAGCAGAUUGCCAGGCUGGCCGCCCUACAGCACCGUGUCAAGGACGCUGCCUACCUACCCACCAUCCAUGAGAUGCAGGAGUGUGUGCCCCCACCAUUCUACAGCAAACAGGGUUCACAGCAUUGGCUGAAUAUGACAACUCAACACAUGCAGCAGGUCCAGCCCUUAAACCCCCACCAGGCCCGUGCACAGUUCCUUGGUAUGGUCAGUGCCUUCCCCAUGUUCGGCUCCUCCUUCUUCUACAUCCAGAGUUUGAACUCGGCAUCCAUCCAUGCCCCGUGCAUCCUGGCUGUAAAUCUGAAUGGACUGCACUUCCUUAACAAGGACACUCACGAGACCAUGGUGCGUGUCCCUCUGAAAGAAGUCCAGUCAACUCGCACCCAGAGACCGACAUCAGGCUCCAGUUACCCGUAUGUGGACAUCAUGAUCGGAGACCUGCUCAACCAGCGCAUCACACAGUUGCAGCUGGAGCAGGGCCUGGAGCUGUGCCGCGUCAUUGCCAUGCACAUAGAGAACAUGUUGUCAGCCAGAGAAAAGAGACUCACCCUGCCACCGAGUGAAAUCACUCUGCUCUAGCCCAAAUCCACACAUGCACACGUAGAGAAAUCUCACUUUAUGCCUCAUAAAUGCACUCUAGCUGCUACCUCUAUUGUAAAAAUAGAACAUUUUGCGAUGUAAAGACGAUGCUUCUGUAAAGUGACGAAUGUAAAGUAUGGUGAUGAAUACACCUAGAGUGAGACCUGAAAAUAAUCAUUAAUGCUUUUAGUUUGACAUUGUUAGCUUCAACUGCUUUAGAUCUUGUCUGCCACUGUUGUGUCGGGGGGCUGAGAUUAUAAUGGAUAACCUCUUUUUAAUUAACUUAAAUUCCCCUACUCCAGAGGAAUAGGAUGAUUUGAUUCAGCUCCAUCCUUGGGCAGUGCUGAAUUAAAUUAGCUCUGGUGUUGCACUGAACAAGGGUCUAACCCCUGCUGUAGCUUGCUCUGCACACAGAACUGGAAUGUGCAAAGCUGAAAAGAGUAACCAGCAAGUUUAGGUUUAACCUUAUUGUCCCUUUAAC